UAUGGUUUUUAUCUUGAACAAACUUUACUGUUUCCAUACUUACAAAUUCCACCAGUAUGGUUCGAGCACACACCUCUUUAUAUUAUCAGGAAAUUAAACAAAUAGCCUACAUUGAUCCCAAAUUAUUAUUGUGUGUUCUUGGACACAGAACCUAGAUAAGCCGCGUCAGGAAUAUUUACAGUAUAUAUUUUUUUACGGGCUAUAUCGCGAGCGAUUCACCCUCAGGGGCCGGGCAUUUUUCCACCAAACAUGGCGGUUGAGACGUCUCAGGAGCUGCAAACAUGGGACUUUGUUGUGAUUGGACUUUACUUCCUCUUCGUUCUGUUGGUUGGACUUGGGUCCAUGUUCAGGUCCAACCGUGGCAGUGCUGAGGGAUACUUCCUUGCUGGCGGUGCUAUGCUAUGGUUCCCAGUUGGAGCCUCCUUGUUUGCCAGUAACAUCGGCAGCGAGCAUUUCAUUGGAUUAGCUGGAUCAGGGGCAGCAUCAGGCAUAGCAGUGGCAGCAUUUGAACUCAAUGCACUGAUCAUAGUUCAGCUGCUAGGAUGGGUGUUUCUGCCUGUCUACUUAGCAGGAGGCGUCUUCACCAUGCCAGACUACCUCCAGAAACGAUUCGGCGGGAAACGCAUCCAGAUGUACGUAGCCCUGCUUUCGCUGGCGCUGUACAUUUUCACUAAAAUAUCGGUGGAUCUGUACUCCGGAGCACUGUUUAUUGAGCAGGCACUGGAUUGGAAUUUAUAUGUAGCAAUUGUUUCUCUUCUGGCAAUUACAGCUUUAUACACUGUUACAGGUGGUCUGGCUGCUGUUAUAUUCACCGACACUCUACAAGCUAUUAUCAUGUUGAUUGGUGCUGGAGUGCUGUGUGUAAUGAGUUUUGUAAAAGUGGGCGGGUACACGGGCCUAAAGGAGAAAUACAUGUCCCCCGUUGCCUGGGCCAACAUCUCCAUACUAGACCCCACCAACGAGUGCGGCAAACCCCCCAACGAUUCCUUCAGCAUGAUGAGGGAGCCCACCGAUCCUGAGCUGCCCUGGCCAGGUUUUGUCUUUGGGCAGUCUGUGGCAUCCAUUUGGUACUGGGCUACGGACCAGGUAAUUGUCCAACGAGCCUUGUCAGCUAAGAACCUCUCCCACGGCCAAGGCGGUACCCUGAUGGCCGGUAUCCUAAAGAUCUCCCCCAUGUUCUUCAUUGUCAUGCCCGGCAUGAUCAGUAGGGUGUUGUACGCUGAUGUUGUUGGGUGUGCUGACCCUGCUGUAUGCAUGGCAGAAUGCAACAGUGAAGCAGGCUGCUCCAAUCUAGCCUACCCACUGCUCGUCAUGAACAUCUUACCAACAGGAGUUCGAGGCCUGAUGCUGGCUGUCAUGUUGUCAGCCCUCAUGAGCUCCCUGACCUCCAUCUUCAACAGCGGCAGCACCAUCUUCACCAUGGACAUCUGGCGCAAACUCCGCCGCUUCCCAAGCGACCAGGAGAUGCGGACGCUGGACAAAAAGACACGGCGUCGGUGGGAAACAGAACUCAUGAUUGUUGGACGAGUGUUUGUGUUGGUCCUGGUGGGUGUCUCUAUUCUCUGGGUGCCUGUGGUCCAAUCCUCACAACAAGGCCAGCUGUUCCAGUACAUCCAGCAGAUCUCAGCCUACUUGGCUCCACCCAUCGCCGCCGUCUUCAUACUGGCUGUGCUGUGGGAGCGCAUUAAUGAGCAGGGUGCAUUUUGGUCACUGAUGGUAGGCCUUGCAGUUGGCAUCACACGCAUGAUCCUGGACUUUGUCUACGCCAGCCCAGGUUGCGGUCAGGAGGACAAGCGACCGCUGGUGGUCCAGAAACUCCUGUUUCACUACAUGUACUUUGCGUUGCUACUCUUUGUUCUGACAUGUGUAGUGGCCAUUUGCGUCAGCUACGGGACGGAAAAAGUACCCUCAAAAUACCUCUACCGUCUUACUUACUUCACACGCUUCAACACCAAAGACCGCCACGACAUCAACAACUUCAUCUACAAGCGCAAGGGGUCCAUCGACUCCGCUAACAACUAUGCCAAGGAUAACAUUGCGAUGGAUUUGAUCAACGCACAUGAAGAAGUGGAGAUGAAGGACAGGGCACCCUCCAUCGAUGAUGAGAAGAGCGAUUACUUGAAGGACGAAGGCGUUAAGGCUUCUGAUAACUUAAGGAGCCGAUCUGAAUCCGGCGACAGCCACGCGGAGCAUCACUCCCUCUUCCGCAAGUCCUACGAUUGGUUCUGUGGAUUCUCCACCAAUGACCCUGAGGCGGAGAUGACCAAGGAGCAAUGUCGCAAGGAGGAGCAAAAGAUGAUGGCUAAAAUCCACCAGACCCGAGUCCAGAAGGCCAUCCUGAAUCUUUUCCUCGUGAUCGUCUUGGGCGUCGCAGUAUUCAUGUACAGUUUCUGGGCUUGAAGACAAAGCCUCUCAUAGCAAAUUUGCACAAAUGCUGGCGACACAUCCAUGCAGGCAUUGCUGGCAAACUUAACUUAACAGUGUUGCAGUGCAGGUCCUUGUUGUGGAUCGAUAUGACAUCAUAAGUCCAGUCACCAGUAAAAUAUCUGUCAAUUCACAUGUCCAGUCAAUAAUAAAGGAAUGCCUUUAUCGGAGUCCAUUUCAACAGCUUGUGAGUUGACUUGGGACUGGAUAAUUUGUGACAGACUUGUGAUGACUGCUACUUAACAAAUGGAAGGGCCGUUUCACUGUGGUUCCAUUUUACAUCAGACUGACAAAUUUUCCUCAUUUUCUUCAGGUUGGCAAUUUCUACACAUGUUAUAAUUCUUUGACUUUAGUUUUUUACAUUUUUAUUUGUAUUGAUUUCAGUUCAUGCAUUCCAUACUAAAAAUAAAAAACUUAAUGUAAUUAAUACAGAACACUAAUCUUCUAGAAAUGUACAGAUAAGUGUGAAAAAAAUAACAAUCAGCAUUUUUUUGUCCUUGUAUAAAUCUAUUAGAAAUUAGAUUGUAAUUCAGUUUUUUUUAUAAUAAUGAAAAUACAUGUACAGUAGUGCAGUGUUAGUUGACUGAUUUUCAGUCAUGGUUGACUAGCAUUGUCACAGAUCGGGACCAAAAAAAGGAAGUAUUUCUUUAUUUAGUGAUUCGCGACAGAUCGGGACCAAAAAAAAAUGAAGUAUUUCUGUAUUCAGUGAUUCAUGCAAACUUUUCAGCGCACAGUCUUGUGUUCACUAGCAAUAUCAGAGCCUUGUUAUAUUCAAUGUUUAAAAGCACAUUGGAUCAUUCGCAUACAUGUAUCCCAAAAGUUGCAUGUACCUACCAAAUUAUUAUCCAAAAGCUUGCUUGAAUUAAAGAUCGUACUGGCACUAAACACCCUGUGCAAUGAUUUUGUCUGGCUUGCAGUCAUUUAGAAGAAAUCAAGAAAUGAAGGUGAUUUCCAACGAUCAGUCAAUUGAUUGAUUUGUUGGAAAUAAAGAGUAACAUUAACAAAAUCGUGUUUUGCGAUCGAAACUUUGCGUGCGGUUUUUUAUGUUUUCUCAAAAAGGGUAAUAUCUGCUGAGCUGAAACUUAGACAAUUUACGUUUGAACAUUCUUUUUUUGGAUUUAGAGCAUGUAGAGUGGUGUUAUAAUUGGAAACGAACAAAAUGCAUUCAUGAAGUGCAAAUGAUCCUGUGCCUUUGAACUUUCUUAGCUGCAUCAAAUAUAUUUGUAUCCAAUUUGCCAAGUAAAAUUCUGCUGACAACCAACCACAGCAA